AAUCAUGACCAGCGUUCCAACGUUGCCCCUCGGGACUUACAAAAUACCUAUUAUUGGUAUUGGGACUUUAGCAGUUACCGAUGGAGAAGCACUGGAAAAAAUGUUGAACGCUGCUUUGGAGGUAGGCUACAGGCAUUUCGACACGGCAUUUUUGUACAGGAACGAACACCUUAUCGGCAAAGUCCUCAACAAGUGGUUCACGUCGGGAAAGGUCAAAAGAGAAGAUAUCUUCGUAACUACAAAGUUGCCAUUUGAUGGUACAUAUCCGGAGGGGGUGGAAAAAUUCCUGAAGGAAUCAUUGGCGGCCCUUCAAUUGAACUACGUCGACCUAUAUUUAGUGCAUUUUCCAGUUCGGAUAAAACCGUUAAACGGCAAAGGACUUGAAGCCGCUGAACCAUUGCCAACCGACCAUUUAGGCGUUUGGCGGGAAAUGGAGAAACAGGUGAAGGCAGGUCGCGCCAAAACCAUCGGCGUCUCGAAUUUCAAUCGGAGACAGGUGGAGAGACUUCUAAAAGAGGCCGAAAUUAAACCAGUCUGCAAUCAAAUCGAGUUAAAUGUGUAUCUACCACAAACGCAAUUCGUGGAGUUCCUUCAAGCAAACGGAAUCAUCGCGGUUUCGUAUUUUUCCUUGGGAAAUCCUGCACUAAAACAGCAGAGAAUUCAGUCGGGAUUCUGGCCAGCGGGAAAACCUGACGUAUUGGCCGAUCCUACGAUAAAACGUAUCGCCGAUAAACACAACAAAACACCGGCCCAGAUCCUGCUGAAAGCUCUGGUUCAACGGAAAAUUGUAGUGAUUCCUAAAAGCGUCACUCUCAGUAGGAUAAAGGAAAACUUUCAGCUGUUCGAUUUUGAUCUAGAUGCUGAAGAUGUGGAAGCUAUAGCUGGGAUAGCGAUCGGCGAGAGAGCUAGAUUGGGUCAAUUUAAACCAUUGCAAGGCCAUCCGGAAUAUCCUCACCCUGUAUUGGACGGCUAAAUUCGUCUCGGUAUUUUUUGCAAUAAAUGUGGGAAACUCUGAGCUUUUUCCAUUUAGCGUUCAAUUUCAACCAUACUGACCUUUUGCAAUCCUUAAGGGUUGAUUUAAACUGUGAACUAUGCUUUGUUGACCACUUCGUUAAUCGAAUAAACUAACCUUUUUUAAUUCUUUCUUUUAAUACCAAAAAUUUAUCUUUCGAUCGGACAAUAAAAUAUCUUUAUCUCACUUAUUAUAAUCCACCAUUCUGAUCAUUUCAUGAUCGCCCUACGGGAACUCAUGAAACAACUACCUAAGAAAAAUUUUGCGGAGGUUCAUUGUCAGCUAUAACUGCAAAUUCCGACAUUCGACCCGUAAGACCUCGCGGCUUUCACCAAACAACAUGGCCGCUGACAGAUCGUCGAUGUUGGGAUUCAAUUUUCAGACAAAAGAGGAGUUAAGUUUUUGUUC